AGGACUGAUAAAGAUGUGAUUCUUUGCAAUAUGGUAGAGAUGAUCCGUGAGCGUUUAAAUGUUUCUGAAGGUGGUGAAAAAGAACACUGUGAGAAAGACGAUGAGUAUGUUUAUGACAUCUACUGUAUGGAAACAUCAUCCCCUGGUUGGAUCCAAAAUAUCCUUUCUGUACAGCCCUACGGAGAAGAAUAUGAACUGGUAGAUGAUUAUGAUAUAUCUGAGGAAGUAUAUGAUGAUGAAGAUGAUGAAAAUGAUGAAAAUAACUGGCGUAAUGAUUAUCCUGAUGAAGAAGAGUUACAAGAUUUCUUACCUGAGGAAAAUGGAGCUCUCUUGCCAGUUUCAAGAUCCUCAGACAUAUGAAGCACUUACCCUUGUUCAGCUUUCUGCAGGUCUGUCUUUUCUAGUACAAAAAAAUUCUUCACUUUUUAAUAGUUUACUGCUUUGGAACAUCUCCCCCCAAACUUCCCUGUAAACUACUUCACCAUAACACUUAUGGGUUCAAUCUAAGUGGGUUAAAACUCAGAACUGGUCUCUUUGUAGCAUAUGAAGUUACUGGGAUUGAACAGCACUCAAAUUUUGAUUUAAUUACUCCAGAAACAAGAUCACCAAAAGCAGUACAUUAUGAUCUGGUUUUGUAGAUCAGAAAACGCUAAAUGACUUAAUAUAGAGUUUUCUUCAUUAAAUGAGUGAUAGAUUUUCAUGAGGCAAACCCCUGCACAUAAAGUCAAUCUUUAAACCAUAAAACACAGAAAAAAUUACUGACAUAAGACAAAGCUUGGCCAGUUUCCUGUUCUCUGUCUGAGUUGACAGUGCUUUGUUCAGCACAUUAUUGAGGUUAAGGUUCAGAAUCCAGCUCUCAUCAGCUGUAUAACAUCUACACUAAAAAGCAAGAUUUAUUCCAUCCUUUUGUGUGAUUUAGUUGAGCCUCAGCAAAAGCAGACAGGAUUUCCUGCUGCUAAGGUACAACACUAAAGCAUAUAAUCACUUCAGUGGGAACCUUGCCAAAAGGUUCAAAGUCGGUGCAUCAACUCUAAGUCACUCUGAUUCUUAGUAAAGCACCUCUCUUCCUGACCUCUUUUAGUUGAUAGGUGUCAGCAUACUUCCCCUCAAAUAGGAGUUUCAACACAGCGGUGGAAAAAUGCACAUACACAGAUUCUGACAGAAAUGAUAAAAAUUAACACAAGUAAAGUAUAAAAGAACUAUUCCAUGUAUGAAUCCUAUUUCAUGCUGAAAUCAGAAUAACAAUUUAGCAAAAGACCAUGCCAUAAGAAAUGUGUUCUGUACACCAUGGCUCACCCAUUUUCAGUCAACUGAAACCAAACAAGCAACUAAUAAUUUACAUUAUUAUAUAUAAAACAUUUCUGCUACUCAAGAACAAAUAAUUACUGGAACACACAGUGCUUCUCUUGGAUCCUUAUUGGAUCUAAAUACAGCUCUCAGAAACCUGUCUCCCAAAGCAGAAUGUAAUUCAUAAUGAUGCAGUAAAUGAAUAAAGACAACUUCUCCAGAACAAGUAAGAACAAGGACAAGACAAAAAAAAUCUAAUAGGCAAUUGUUGUCAUUUCCUAAAGGAUGAUUUAAACCUGGGCUGCUGAUUUCCAAAGCCAAACAGCACGUGGAAUUACUACACAGCAGACUUAAAACUGCAACAGGAUUGUUUUUUAAAUAUACAAGGCUAAGAUACAGAACUCACUCAACAAGACGUUAGAGAAUUAAGAUGUUUAGUAAGGUCGCCUAAAGAAUAAGCAUUUAGAUAAGCAAUAUUAACAGCUAAAGUUAGAGAGAGAAAAUGUAUGAAUGUAAUCUUAUGCUGCAGGAUGCAGAUUAGCUAAUGUGUCAUUUGGAGAAACUCCUCCCGCCCCCCCAAGAAAAGGCAGGCUGGCAUUUGCUCUUUGCAAGCAUUUCCCAUUUCCUUUGGAAACAUCUAGCAUAGAAUGGCAGUUGUGGGGUGUACUGAAAGGCUGUUUCCAUCCUAUAAUGUAUAUCCAGUCUUUGUAAGGUACACUGAUGUUGUUGCACACAUCCUGGAAAACAGCAAUCACUCAUGAGCAGUAAAAACCACGAAGAGUGAAGGCAAAGCUAUGGUAUCACUGCCAUAAUUAUACACAGAUCAAGACAUAGAUUCAAUAUAUUCUGGAUGCAAGCUCUAUGAUGUAUAACAACUGUUGAUACAGCUCAAAGUCUAAAUAAUUAAUUUCCUCUAGAUCUGUACAAGUCAGACUCCAAAAGACAGAAUAACCUAGUGACAGCCUUUAUAAAACCGUCAUUUCGAAUGUACUUUCUAAUGUUGUAGCUGGGAUUCCUGUGAGAGCAGUAACUUCAAGAGCUUAACUUUUCCCUAAGGCAAGAGAGUAUUUGAAUUGAGAAUAAUCUGGAAAAUUCAGCUUUGUCAAGUAGAUCUGCCUGCAAAAUGAUCUUUCCACAAAACAAAGUUGAAAGAUACCUGAAGUUUGGCUAAACUUUCUAGUAAUAUUGACUAGCUUAACAUGACAAGUACAGACCCACCUGUCUUUAUGCAGGUGUCCUCUGACAGAGUUUCACCCUAAUUUCUAAUAUAAAAAUCAGCCAAGUUCAUGUAUUACUACUCAGACAAUAAAACUCUUUUAUCCUUCAGAGUACACAUUUAUAAAUCCUUCAACGCUCCCGCUUUAACAGAUGCUAAGGAAUGCCUCCUCCUAUACUCUUUUGUAUACAAUGACAAAACCAAAGAUCUUUAUAGUGUUUCUUGCAGAAAGUGUUACCCAAGUGUAAGUAAAAGGGGCCACAAUAAGCAUUCAACUGUGUGCAUGUCAGAGUUAUUUUGUAUAAGAAAGAAAGGCAGAGAAAAGUACAAAAAGCAAUCAAGCACAUACAUCGCGUGCACUGUACCAAGAGGAAAAAAAAAGGGGAGGGAGAAGAGUUAGUGGCUGCUUUCUGCUAAAAAUGCAAUUGUACAAUCAUGGAUCCUCCACAGCCCAGUUAGACCUGAGCUCUGAACUGAGCACUUGACCAGUUCCACUUUAACUACCACUACUUCUGGGAGUAGUGAAGUGCAUUUAUAAAAACAAAUGAGCUGUCAGCAGGGGAAAGAAUGGAGUGUUCGCAAGGGUAUGCAGAGGAUGACAGAGG